AUGCCAGACAUUGGCAACAUUAGCAGCCAUGCCCCUUCCUCCUCCUCCUCCUUCUUUCUCCUGGGUCUCCCAGGUCUGGAGGACAUACAGGUUUGGAUCUCCAUCCCCUUCUGCUUCAUCUAUGCCAUGGCUGUCCUUGGCAAUGCCACCCUGCUCUGGAUCAUCAAGACUGAUUCCAGCCUCCACAAGCCCAUGUACCUCUUCCUCUCCAUGCUGGCUUUGACAGAUAUAGCCAUGCCCACCUGCAUCGUUCCCAAGAUGCUGGGCAUCUUCUGGGCUGGCACCCAAGAGAUCACCUUUGCUGGCUGCCUGGUGCAGAUGUUCAUGAUCCAUGCCCUCUGUGCGGUGGAGUCUGGGACCCUCACUGCCAUGGCUUAUGACCGCUACGUGGCCAUCUGCUCCCCACUCAGCUACACAACAUUACUGACGACAAACACUGUGGCAAAGUUUGGUGCUGUUAUCGGGGUCCGGGCCUUCAUCAUUGUCUUGCCCUUUCCUUUCCUGGUGAAGAGACUGCCGUUCUGCCACUCCCACCUUAUAUCCCAUUCCUACUGUGAACAUAUGGCAGUAGUGAAGCUCGCAUGUGGGGACACCACACCCAACAACCUCUAUGGGUUGAUACUAUCCCUUGUCAUUGUCGGUGCUGACCUUGGCUUUAUCUUCGUCUCCUAUGGACUAAUCCUACAUGCUGUUUUCCAGCUGCCCUCGCUGGAGGCCAGGCACAAGGCCCUGGGUACCUGUGGGGCCCACGUGGGGGUCAUCAUCAUCCUCUACACACCAGGCCUCUUUUCUUUCCUCACCCACCGCUUUGGACACAACAUCCCUCACCACGUCCACAUCUUCCUGGCAAACAUCUAUCUCAUGGUUCCAGCCAUGCUCAACCCCAUCGUUUAUGGCGCCAAGACCAAGGAGAUCCGUGAGCGGGUGCUGAGUGCACUGGGGCUAAGGAAGAGCGCCUCCUAG